AGAUACAUUAUCUAUUAUUACUCACACUAGUCACAAACCUUAUCGGAGUGAAGUGAAGAUUGGUGGGGGUAGUAGCGAAAAUGGCGUCGAUUACAGCUUCUUCUACUUUCCGCUCCUUGUCAACAACCAAAAGCCCUAACCUUUCUUCGACCCAUCUCCUUCCUCUUUCCAAAAACCACAUCAGAGUUUGCAUCUUUACGAAACAGAACCGCCUUGGGCUGAGGAAGCUUUCGUCCCUUGGCCAAGGAGGAGAAGCUGUCGCAGUCGCAGUCGCAGAUGAAGAGCAACAACAGCAGCAAGAGGCUGUCUCUGUCCCUGUCUCUCCUUCAGACAUGCUCACCAUGUUUUUUCAGGCUGAUGGAACUUUGAAUGACGCAGCUAUUCCUAAUGUCACAAAGGCCUUACAGGACAUCGACGGAGUUUCCAAUUUAAAGGUUCAAGUUGCUGAAGGUGUUGCCGUUGUUGAGCUUUCAAAGCAAACAACGGUUCAAGCAACAGGAGUGGCGUCAAGCUUGGUGGAGACUAUACAAGGAGCUGGCUUUAAGUUACAAACCUUGAAUCUGAGCUUUGAAGACGAAGAUGAAGUUCUUGUCUAAUUAAAUCAUCUUUCUCCUCCUCCAUUUUUGUGAUUAAAGAAACACAUUAAUGUUCAAUUAUUAUUUAUAAAUGACAAUGUGCCAUAUUACAAAAGUAAUGAACUCUCACUUUUCUUACAAAA